GAUAUUGUUGGAAUAACAAAAUUGAAAUGAAAGGAUGCGUUUUUAAAAAGCUCUAGGGAGUAAACAAUGUAUACCCGAACCUUUGUCAUAUUUGUAGCCACUCUGGCAUGUUCUAUGUCGACUGUCUAUGUUUCAAAAAACUUGCCAUUUUCACUAAUAUUUAACUACUUCAACAGAAACAAUUUGCUACAGAUCGUUGAAGACUCUAAUCAGAACAGACUAAUCAAGGCGAGGGGACAUCUCAAAAGCAUGAAAAGCAAUAGGCCCGUAGUGGCGGAUUAUGUCUCGUCAGAUGUUUUAAUUCUCAUUGUCACUGUGACGAGAAGAGGAAACAACCAUUAUUUGACGCAAACAGUUGCAGCAAUGGACAGCGCCAUAGGGCGGAGCAGAGGAGAUCGGGAGUAUGGUCUGCUCAUCUGUAACGCUGACAGCCAGCCGGGCAAACAUAAGGAGGCGUUAGAACUUCGAGAUUUCGCCUUGUAUGUGGACAAAGAACACACCAGCAUUUUUACUGGCCAACCACCCAGAGUCCCUCGAGCCAUUAACUCUGGACUAAAAGAUACGGCAAGGAUUCAAGAAAUAAGUGACUACGUUUUCUGUCUGAACGCUUCGAUGGCCUUGAAAUACAAAUAUGUUUUAGUGUUAGAAGACGAUGUUCUGCCAAUCAAUAAUCUUUUACAGACAUUAGACUUUAUAAUAUUAAGAAGACUUCGUUAUACAGCAGACGAUAGUGCAUACUAUGAAAUGACGAAGCCCUUUUUGUACUUAAAAUUGUAUUAUCCACAGAGAUGGCAAGGGUUUGCUUACGAAAUAGGUAUCAUGCUAGAGUUUCUGAGCAUCGGCGUAGUGGUGGGAGGGAUUGUUGUAUGUUUGGACACACUAUGUGGAAGUCGUAACAGACGCAAGGGACACACACUCUUUAUAUUUGUGUUAUACACAGCCUUUGCCUUGUGCUUGGCCAAGUGUCUUGGUCGUGUAAACAUUAACGAUGUCCGGCGUCUGUCGCCCCAGUUGUAUCGCUUUGGACGAAGCGCAGCGUGCUGCACACAGGCUAUGUUGUACCCGAGGGGCGCCAUAUAUCCGCUUAUGGAGCAUCUGCUUGUCAACAACAGUCUCAAUAAAGAUCUUUCCAUUCACAGAUUCUCCGAAAUUAGCGGUUACCCGGGGUACCAAGUAGAGCCAAAUUUGUUUCAGCACAUUGGAAUGCACACGUCAUUAUCGGGUGGGUCAGAUAAGAAUCCGGAAGAGUUUUUGUUUAAACUCCAUGAAAGCACGUUUAAGUGAGAAAG